UGGUGGAAGGAGUCAGCUGAGGAUUACCAGCACUCCCAGUCAAUAGUCUGGUCAGCUGAUCAGGAAAUAUGGCUGCACCCAGGUCCAGUUGUGGAGGGAACUCUGGACUAGGCCCAAAUACUAGGAAGCAGACAUCACGGAGACAGCGGCAGCUACUGGGAACUUCAUGUGGACACAAUGAACAGAGAGACCAGAAGCUGGUGGCUUCAUCAGGAGUGAGUAACACAGACUGCAGGUUAUAACAUCAGCGCAUGCUGUAGCUAGGAAGCAGAAGUCUGUACGGAGCUUUGCAAGACUGGGAGAAUCCCUGAAAGCCGUGCAGAUCAGGAGGUCCGGGCACCGUGAUGCGGGCGCUAUGUCUCCUAUUAUCCCUGCAGGUGACACUGGCUCUAAGCGACAGAAUACCAUACUUUGCAGUGAUUAUUCCUCCGGACCUGUAUUACCCAUCGGAUGAGAUGUUCUGCAUCCACACUCCCAAGAACCUUAGUGGCUUCUCUCAUAUAUCUGUGGAUCUAAAGAUUGCAUCUGGAUCCAAGACUCUAUUUACGAUGCAACCUGACAGCCCCAGGUGGCACUGCGCGUCUUUCCAGGUUCCUGAACCUUCUGCAGCCACAGAGAACAUAGACAUUGAAGUACAAGGUCAUGAGAUUGGAGGCAACAAGAUACAGUUCAGUACCAAAUCUCUGACUGUCCGGAGGAAAAAUAAUGGAACUUUCAUCCAAACUGACAAACCCAAAUAUAAACCAGGACAAAAAGUCAUGUUCCGUAUAGUAACUGUGGAUCAGGACAUGGGAAUAUCCAGUGAAACUUAUCCGCUGGUGGAGUUACAGGAUCCCCAGAAGAACCGUCUGGCACAAUGGAAAGAUGUCUCUCCCAAUAAGGGAAUUGUAGACCUCUCCUAUCAGAUGUCUCCUGAGCCUCCACUGGGGGCCUACACUAUAAAGGCCGGAGGCUUUGCUGCGACAUUCGAGGUGGAGGAAUAUGUGCUCCCAAAGUUUGAAGUGACGAUAGACGUCCCAGCACAGAUCUCAGUCCUGGAUGAUGCUGUCUCCGUAUCGGUGUCUGGCAAAUACACAUACGGAGAAUCCGUCCCUGGAAAAGUGAUGCUUAAAAUCUGCCAGAAAAAGAGAUGGCGCGGUUGGUACUGGCGAAAUUGGAGUAGCGAAGAGAAGGAAGAAAACCUGUGUCACAGUAAGAACGCCAAGACGGACCGCUCUGGUAAGCUGCAGGCGCUGGUGAGUCUGUCUCACUUCAGAGCGCGAGAUUCGGAUUACUCCCGGCAACUACAGGUGGAGGCGACGCUGGAAGAGGACGGGACAGACGUGACGUUCAGCGCAACCAAAACCAUCGACAUGAAAUCGGAUAUCACUAAGCUGUCGUUCAAGGACUCCAAGUCUUAUUACCAGCCAGGAGCUCCGUACCGGGGAAAGUUGCUAUUGGAGUCCUAUGAUGGCGAGCCCCUCGGUGGGGAGAAGGUGCACCUCACCACCUCAUUCAAGGGGGAGACUGUUAAAGAGACAUAUAUUACAGACUCUGCGGGAGAGGUCUCAUUCCAGCUGUCUACCUCCUCAUGGAGCAAAAGCUCUGUUACAUUACAGGCCACCACUAACAGGACAAAUGAGCCAUAUGAUUAUCAGAAGGUCUCGGUGCGGUACGGCCGGAGCAGCCUCUAUCUGAAGGACAUACAUGUGGAGACUAAGAACUCAGUGUAUAUCCGCCCGGUUAGGAGUUUGGCGCCGUGUCACCAGUCUGUGACGGUGACUGUGGAUUACACCAUUGGAGAGGGACAGAAGGACGACGUGGACAUUUGCUAUCUGGUGCUGGUUAAUAAUAAGAUCACCCUUGGAGGCCAGAAGACAGUGAGAGGAAUAAAUAUGGACUCCCUCUCAGGCUCCGUGGACUUCUCCAUCCCAGUCCGUGACAUUUCCCCAUCUGGAAAGCUGCUGGUUUUCACCGUGUCUCAGGAUGGUGGAGUCGCCGCAGACACCAUAACCGUCAAAGUGACACCGUGCCUGAAGCAUGCGGUCAGUCUGAAGUUCUCCGAGAGUGAAGCGUUGCCCGGAUCAGACGUCAAACUGAGUCUUCAAGCCAACGGCGACUCCAUGUGCGCCCUGCGUGUGGUGGACAAGAGUGUGGUGAUGAUGAAACCUGAGGCCGAGCUGACGGAGAGCAAGAUGCAGAACCUGGUGAGGACCAAGCGCACCUAUAUAUCUAAUCGCCUGGAUAACGCUCUCUGCCGGGAAAAGACGCCGAAGUUUGACAGUGACUCUUUUGAGUUUAGGAUUGUGCCCUGGGCAUUGCAGAACUUCUAUGCGGAGAAGAAGAAGGAUAUUCAGAGCAUCAUUCAUGAGAUAGGACUCUACAUCCUCAGCAGCUGGAAAAUUGUGGCUCCGGUGACCUGUAAAUCCUAUGGCCCUAUUGGUGGGAUACUAAAAUCUGCUCCAGCAGUAGAGAUGAGUGCAGCGGCCAGGCCAAGAGCCCCUGGGAUUCCUCUCAUGUCGGCCCCUGUGCAGAAAUCUGCUGCAGUUCCUGGUGGUGAGUUCCCCCCUGAGGAUGCUGUUACGGACACUGACAGUGGAGAGAGCUCUGUAGUUCGGGCGUAUUUUCCGGAAAGUUGGAUUUGGAUGCUGCAACCGGUGAAUUCCUCCGGUUAUGGUGAGGUCCCAGUCACCGUGCCAGACACCAUCACCGAGUGGAGAGCCCAGAUGUUCUGUGCCGGGCCUGGAGGUUUCGGACUCUCUUCUACUGUUCCGCUCAAAGCGUUCCAGCCAUUCUUUGUGGAUAUGACCCUGCCCUACUCUGUAAAGCAAGGGGAGAGCUUUAUACUCAAGGCCACAGUGUUCAACUAUUUGAGUGACCCGCUCAAGAUUCUGACCAUCCUUCCGCCAUCUAAUGAAUUCAUCGUGAAGAAUAACAUCACCAAUAGGGACCCAUUCUGUCUGGCUGGUGGGGAGAAGAAAACCCUCUCCUGGGAGGUGACCCCCAACAUUAUUGGAGCAAUGAAUGUUUCCGUCAUCGCUGAAGCUGUGAGGAGUCAGGACCUGUGCGGGGGGCAAAAGACAAUCGUUCCACAGAGAGGGAGCAGAGAUCUUGUGAUCCAGUCUUUACUGGUGGAGCCCGAGGGGACCAUGGUGGAGCAGACACACAACUCCAUGCUGGUGUGUGAAGGUAAAUCUGUAUCAGAGAAGGUGAAGUUAGAGCUUCCGGCGUCACAUGUCCAGGGGUCGGAGAAAGCGUUUAUCAGUGUUACCGGGAACAUCAUGGGAUCUGCCAUGAACAACCUGGACAAUCUUCUGGCCAUGUCUUCUGGCUGUGGUGAGCAGAACAUGGUCCGCUUUGCCCCAAAUGUCUACGUCCUCCAGUACCUGAAGUCCUCGGGUGACCUGAAGCCGGAUGUCUUGAAGAAAGGGAGAGAGUUCCUGGAGAGCGGACUACAGCGCCAGCUGACGUACAAGCACCCAGAAGGGUGUUACAGCGCCUUUGGCAAAAGUGAUAAGGAGUGCAGCACGUGGCUCACAGCUUUUGUCGUGAAGAGCGUCAGUCAGGAACGAGAUUUUAUGUAUGUUGAUGAGAACCAUCUGAAACAAGGCAUGGACUCCCUGAAGAGUCAGCAGAAGCCCAGUGGAUGCUUUAAGGCAAAGGGCCGACUUCUACAGAAUGCCAUGAAGGGUGGGGUGGACGAUGAGGUCUCUCUCACAGCUUACAUCCUAACUGCCUUACUGGAGUCCGCCAUGGAGGCCAAUGAUCCUGUUGUAGAAAAGUCCCUGCAGUGUAUUACGAAUUCAUCCCUGGAGAAAGCCAGUCUCUACAAACUGGCCCUUAUGUCUUACGCGUUCACACUGGCCAAUCGUACGGAGUCCAGAGCUGCUUCUCUGCAGAAGCUGAUGGAACAAGCCACCAAAACAGAUGGCUUCAUGUACUGGACUCAGGAGACCAAACCUGACACAGAAUCAUACCGGUCCAAGCCCAAGUCCGUGGAUGUUGAGAUGACAGCGUAUGGCCUCCUCGCUUUGGUAUCUAAUGGACCAGUCUCCAAAAAGGAGCAUGGGGUUAUGUUGCCCAUUGUCCGCUGGCUGUCCAAACAGCAGAAUGCAAAUGGUGGUUUCUACUCCACUCAGGACACCGUUGUCGGCAUUCAGGCUAUGGCAAAGUUUGCCUCCUUAACUUCCACCAAAACUGGCAGCAUGGCCGUGCAGGUGACCACAGAGAGAGGGUUUCGGCUUCAGCUCCAAGUUGACAACGACAACCGACUUCUCCUGCAGAGGGCGCCACUUCCAGACAUCCCCGGGGAAUACACCGUGACCGCCACCGGGAGUGGGACUGUGUAUAUGCAGGUUGUUCAGCGCUAUCAUACUCCACCCACUGCCAGAAAAUCUGCAUUUGACCUAUCAGCACAAACUCGUUGUGUAAAAAGUGACUUGGUGGAGAUCAAAGUGCAGUUCCGGUAUACCGGGACACGCCCGGCCUCUAACAUGGCGCUGGUGAUGGUGAAUCUGAUGUCUGGAUUUGUUCUACCUGCAGGGUGCAGAGAGACAUUGCAGAAUAAUCCGCUGGUGAAACGCGUGGAGACCUCAGAGGACCAGGUGACCGUCUACAUGGAGAAGGUCACGUCUGAGCCCCAGACCCUGGAGAUCCUGGCUGAGCGGAGAGUCCUAGUGACCGGCCUGAAACCCGCCAUCAUUAAAGUCUUAGACUAUUACCUGCCAGAUGAAGAAAAGACAAUUGACUACCUGCAGUCCUGCUCCUGAGAGACUGAUUUCCGCAUGGACAGUUGGGCUCCGCCCCGAAGUAUCAUCCCUACAGCGCUUCAUCCCAUCCCCGAUGGGCCUGGGGGUCCUCCCCCCACCCUCAGUGCCCCCCCCCCCCCCACACCCCACUGCCCCCAGUGAUCACAUCCACCGACCAUUUAC